UUCGCUGAUGCAUUUGCCCGCUAACAAAAAUGGUACAAGUCCAAAAAUUCCAGUUCUUGCACUGUAUCGCUGCACAUUGGUGCAUCAUUUCUAUUCUGAACUUGCAUGCACAUGCAGGCAGGUGCCGCUGGUUCGGUUUCUCGCAUUGGUGUGCAUUGGAAAAGGAAAAUCAAUAAUUUCUUUACAAACGGGUGUCCUACAUCGAUUAGGCAAAGUGUAAUCAUCACCGAUGGCUGUGUGGGGUUCACUGAAAGUCAGCGGCGGAAAGCAAGGAGUCGCUCCCGUUUCGCAGAGUACGCGAUUCUCCGAAACGCUUACGGCAGCAUUGGGAAAUCGUAAGAACAAGUACAAGGAUGUGUCCAAGGACCUGAACACAUACAUCAACAAAGAGGAAGAGGAGAAAACGAUCGCCGCUGCCCCAUUCAACGUGAAUAGGAUCAAAACUAUGAUGCAGAAGGUAAUUCGAUCGCAAUUCAUCAUCCGUGACGAGGAUGGCGAUUUGGUGAAAUGGGUCUACAAUCCGGACAAGAACCUCGAGAUGAGUCAAAAGAUAGCGAAAAGCAUCAAGGAUAGAAUCCGAGGUUAUAAUUAUUCUCGGUACAGAAUUGUGAGUAUUUGUUCGAUCGUCGAAAAAGAUGGUCAAGGAGUGCACUACAAAAUGAAGUACAUCAUGGAUCCAUAUUUGGACAACUACAUCCAGUACGCGCACGAUAUGGCGAAAAUCUGGAUCAUAUCAACUGUCAUCCUAGUGCACAAAGAUUAAAGCGUCUCGAUAGUUUCAA